GUGUUUUCCAGCUACUUGCCCUUUUCCCUGGAUAAGACAACAGAGAAACAGAAAUCACGCUGGUACAUCUGCUACUAUUAAUCUUGGUCUCUUACAGUGAUAAGUAUGAAGAUUGUUUGGAAGAUGAACAGAAAUUAAUCAAGAGCUGAAGAGUGGUGCCACAUGGGCAGCCAUGAGGGACAUUGCUUUGUGGGGAUUGAUUCAUAGAAACAAGAAGAAUUUUAAUUUUUAAAUGUGUGUCAAGGUUUUGUCAUCGAGAUUUCAUCAUGUGCUAAGACUGAACUGGUGAAAGUGGACUGAAAAGGACAGUGAAGAGCUGAAGAAAACCUGUGACCUAAGAGAAAAGAAACAAAAGUUUAUAAAAAUUGUCACAGCCUGGUACCAGACAGUUGGGAAUUGCAGCUCAGAAAUGGAGGACUUGAAUGCUGAGGGACCUAUCACACAUGAGCUGAAUACAGAGAUCAGCAACCUCCUGCUCCAAAUCCACAAAGUGAUGACUGAACUGGGUCUAAGGAUCAAGCAGAAAGUCGUCCAGACUGCUAAUGUCCUGUUUAUGCUUCAGCUGAUGAUAUUUGUUUCCAUUUUUCUCUAUAUCAGUUUCUAUUAUACUUUCAUGCCCACCGCAAGCUUAGUCACUCCUGUGCACUUUCAUUACAGAAUGUUCUCAGAAUGUGUCUGCUCUUUUCCUGUGGCCAACUUCUCACUGCUUAGGAACAAGAAACAGGUGAUGACACCUGGACAGCUAUAUAAGAUCACACUGGACCUGGAAAUGCCAGAGUCUCCAACCAAUAUUGAACUGGGGAUGUUCCUGGUGAAGAUGUCAUGUUACUCCCAUGAUGGGCAGACUGUUGGUGCUUCAAUGCACACUACAAUGCUGCACUAUCGCUCCUACCUGCUGCAGACUCUGGAGACUCUGAUGUUGCUUCCUUUGAUGCUGAUGGGAGUAAUUGAGCAGAAGCAGCAUGUCCUGGUCGAGCUUUACUCUGCUUAUGUAGACAGCUCAUAUAAUCCUGCUAUUGGUGCUGUUUUAGAAAUUCACUCUCAGCAAGUUCAGAUCUACAAAGCACAGCUCUACAUUCAUGCUCACUUCAGUGGCAUCAGGUAUGUCCUCCAUCACUUUCCCUUCACAUCUGCUGUGGUGGGAGUGAUGAGUAACUUCAUGUUCCUCAGUGUGAUUAUCCUCAUUGGCUUUGUGCAGGACAGCACCUUGUGGCCACAUCUACAUUUUGAUAAAUGGAAUGAACCUAUAGAGAGGAGAGCAGAUAUACCAGAAGAUAGGAACACACAGGAAAACUGCGCAGGUGCGAAAAGACAUUUACUGGAUCCCUCUGGAUCAAGUGACAUCAUGGACUCCAGUUCUGACAAGAUGGAAAAGAGGAAGAAUCUAUUCGUGACAGAGGAUUGAAGAAGAUAAAUAAGACAAAAAACUUUUAAAAACCUUGUUGAUUAACAGGUUUCUUUUGAGGCAGUGGAUGGGCAUCCAAAGGGUGCUGAACAACAUUUCCCAUAAGCCCCAGGAAAUCUCUUAUCACUAUCACUACUGACACUACUGUGUCACAUCAAAACUUCAUUUAGCACCUCCAUAUAAGCCUAGUUAGUAAGUACCUCAGUAUCUAGCGUGUGCGUACCUUAGUCUCGAUCAUAGUCUGUAUGGUUUUUAUCAUAACUUUAUUUUUAAAUAUAGAUUUUUGCCUGAUGGAAUGUCAAUUUAAGCUCCUAAAUCCAAACAGAUGUGGAGGUUUCAUAAAAGAAGGAAAUGUAUGGGCACCAAAGGGAAAAGCAAGCUGGAAUUUCAUAAUGUGAGUUUCAGCAUGCAAAAAAAAUGUGAACACUUGGCCUCAUUUUUCAAGCUGAAUGAGUGAAUAAUCUUGAAAAUUCAUUUGUAGGAGCGUUCACAGAAAAAAAUAUAGCAUUCAGGAAAAUCCUAUUAGUUCAGAAAAACGCUUUUCCUUCGAGAGCUCCUGAGUUUGUGUAAAUGUAUUAUAACGACAUAUAAAAUAACUCAUAUUUUUAUUGGUGUAGACAUGAAUAAAAAUCUUCCUCU